AUGAAGUGUGGCAUUAUGGUGAAACCUCGUGGAAUAUAUGGAUUACGCCGCCAUCCCAAUGACAAAGCAACUGGCGAAGGUGUUGAAUGUUAUGGCAUCUUGUUCAAGUCGAAUAUUGGAUUGCAAAGGGCUCGCCCUGAUAGUCCACCGAUCCUUUUUGAUGGGAUCCACAUCGAAGUUCAGUCCGUGCACUUUGCCCUUCGCAGACCAACUGUGGUUGUCCAAAUAUGCGUAGGUGUUCGGCGCUUUGACCCGUUGGCCGACAUAUCUUAUUCGGUCGUCGCUUAUUUCUAG